GAGAGGCGUGUGUCGUGUGAGUGUGAGAGAGAGAGACAGAGAGGAACAGAGAAAGAGGGGGAGAGGGUGUGACAGAGAGAGAGAAAGAGGGGAGUGAGUGAGUGAAAACAUCAGACUCAUAGGUCACAAGAGGAAAUGGUGAUGAUGAAUUGAUGAUGUUGAUGCUGAUGGUGGGAGUGAUGAAGGCCAUGCCCAUGAAAAGGUAAAAGUCUGCGUGACGGAAGCUACAGAACGUGCCGGAAAGGCUGACGGUGUCCUUUCCCAGCUGUUCAAAAGGAGGGGGUCUUCACUGCGCCGGGAGUUCGGAGUGGAGCGACUGGAGCUGUACACAGCUGAACCCCUGUUUUUCACAGUCCCAGCGGCCCUGCAAUACGAGCUUCAUGGAUCUGGCCGUGUGCAUCUACAUGCUCCUUAGUGUGUUCACUGUAGACAUUGCCUUUGGAGACUGCCCAGAUGGAUGCAAGUGCUCGGACAGCAAGGUCCUGUGCCAAAACAUCUCGGAGUUUCCGAGAUUCAUAUCCUUGGCCCCCAGCAACCUUUACAUUGCCAAUGCCAACAUCUCCUCCUUAAACCCCAGCGAUUUUGAGGGCUUUGCCGAGGCCCUCUCGAUGUUUGCGGUAAAGGAUUCUGCAAUGGUGGAGGUGCUGCCCAGCACUUUCGAUAAAAUGCUAAACUUAGUAGCCCUAGGCUUGUCAGGAACCAAGUUGCAAAGUCUCCCUGAUGCGCUUUUCCAGAAUCUAGGAAAUGUCAGAUCACUUACAUUGAGCAAAAACAAAAUAGUUGUUUUGACCCCCAACCUAUUUUCAGCUCUCAGGAAUUUACAGUAUCUGGACCUGAGCAGGAACCUUCUCGCCUCUGUUCCUGGGGAGGCAUUCAACCAGCUCAUGAAUGUGCAGACCAUUAACCUGGCCAUGAACAACAUCGCUGAACUUUCAGGGGAGGUCUUCCGAGGACUGGGCGAGCUGAAGUUCCUGAGACUCACCGGGAACGCCAUCAGAGAGAUCCCAGCUGGCUGCUUCAAUGACCUGGUGAACCUGGAGGAGGUUUCCCUGCAGGACAACCAGAUCGAGCAUCUUCCCGGCCACUUAUUUUCAUCGCAGCAGAAACUGAAGAAGCUGUAUCUCUCCAACAAUCGCAUAUCCCUACUGCCCCAGGGUAUCUUCCUCAACCUGCCCAACCUCGCCCAGAUAUCCCUCUUUGAGAACCACCUCAGCAGCCUGUCUUCUGGGGUUUUCGGCCCCAUGGCCCUCCAGGAACUCUGGCUGUAUGACAACCGGUUGACGCACCUGGAGGACGGCGUGUUCAGCAACCUGACUAAUCUGCGGCUCCUGGUUCUGAGCCGUAACCAGAUUGGCUCUGUCUCGGCUGGGGCCUUCAGGGGCCUUGUAGAGCUGGGAGAGGUGUCCCUGCACACCAACCUGCUGGCCAGCUUGGAGGAGGGAACAUUUAACGGUCUCCCCAAGCUGGCAAACAUCUCCCUGGAACACAAUCUCAUCCGGUCCCUGCCUGGAAAUCUGUUCCAUGGUUUGCCUCCGCUCUGGGAAGUGGACCUCCACAACAACUCCCUGCAGAGCCUGUCCCAGGAGGUUCUGGACUCGCUGGAUACGGUGAAGAACGUAAAAUUAGCCAUGAACCCCUGGAGGUGCAACCUGGACAUCCUGCCACUACGAGACUGGAUGAAGGGCCAUCCAUCCAAAGUGCAGAACGCCAGCCAACUGACGUGCCCCUCUCGCGAUUCACUGACCCAUACCAAACUCACAGACCUGUCAGAUGAGGACGCAACGGCCUGGGUGCCGCCCCCGUCGACCGCCUCCGUUUCCUCAGGUAACUCCGUCCCCCCGACAGAGAUGUGGAGGAGACCUCACACCCGGCCCCCGAAGAAAAGCACCCCCAUAGCCCCUGCCGCCACCACUCCCCCGCCAGGGCAGGACAACAGUAACGCCGAUGGCGAUGGCGAGGGCCUUUCCCAGGACGCUAAAAUCAUCAUCAUCGUCUUGGUCUGUAUCGCCAUCAUCGCCACCGUCAUCAUCUGCUGGGUCUGCUGCAGGAGGAGGCGGCGGGCCGGCCGCGACUUGCGUCGACAGGCUGGGAAGAACUCCGCCAUUUAGGGGAGCGGGACCUUUUCUAUGGCCCACAGCUCACAGGGCUCCACUUUCAGGCCACCUUGGAACCCUUGGUCAUAGUGAAACAUGGAACCACUUUGGACCUGUUUAGUUUUCCAGGAAGGGAGAGUUAACUCUGCACCUCAGUUUGGUGUUCCAGACUGAAAUCCAUUCCUUUGUUCAGUCUGUGCAUUCAUGCGAGUUCUCUACAAAUUUGCAGCAGUCUGAGAGCAUAAUGCCCGAAGGCAUUGGAAUGCCAUGAACAUUGCAUUUUCUUGUUGCCAGUUUGCUUGCUCGAAGUUGAAUGGGAUGCUUACUAACUGCACACAUUUUCUUACUAAAGUAAGAAACUUUUCUUACUAAAGUACCUUUUUAGUAUCAUAAACAGCAAAGGCAGAAAAUCAAGAUCUCCUCCAUUUUCUCAAAGUACAUGUCAGCAGGCUUGUAUUUAUGUGAGAAUUUGGUCCUUUUUUAUAGCUUUUUUAUAUUUAAAUAACCUGACUUUGCUAUCAAGAUGAUGAAAAUACUGUAUCAUUAAUGACAGAAAUAUUAUUCAAGACAGGCUAGAAUGUCAGUAUAAGCUUUUAUUGAUUUAUGAAGUAAUGCAACAUAAUUUCUAAAACAUUUGAUGCCUGGAUAGAUUGUGAUUCACAAAUAAAAACAAUCUGUAACAAUUUUAGUUUAAUGAUUAUUUUCAUUAAUCUGUUUGGUUUAUAUAACGAUAAAAUGCCAAUAAAGUUUAUUGAAUAAGAAUCUGACUCUUAUGAGUGAAGCAAUCUGUAGGUCAAUGUUUAAAGUGUGUGCACUCUUGCAAUGAUGAUUUACUUGCAUAAAGUUGAAUUGUAUGUUGUGGAAUCCAAUUCCUCCUGUAUUAUAAGUGCAUUAAGGAUGUAAUAAAUCAUGUUUAAAAACUUUUA